AUGGGCAUCCAGGGCAUGGAGCUGUGCGCCAUGGCCGUGGUGGUGCUGCUGUUCAUCGCCGUCCUCAAGCAGUUCGGCAUCCUGGAGCCCAUGUCCAUGGAAGGUGAGUUCAUGGGGCCCAGAGAGAAGAGACGUGAUCUAGGUGGUUCUGAGAGAGCUCUGGCUGCCCAGUUGCCAGUCCUACCACGGUCAGAGGUGACCUUCCUGGCCCCAGUCACGCGGCCAGACAAGGUGGUGUGUGUGGGAAUGAAUUAUGUGGACCACUGCAAAGAGCAGAACGUUCCAGUGCCAAAGGAGCCCAUCAUCUUCAGCAAGUUUGCCAGCUCCAUCGUGGGGCCCUACGAUGAGGUCAUCCUCCCACCGGAGAGUCAGGAGGUGGACUGGGAGGUGGAGCUGGCUGUGGUCAUUGGAAAGAAAGGCAAGCGCAUCAAGGCCACAGAUGCCAUGGCUCAUGUGGCCGGCUUCACUGUGGCUCAUGAUGUAAGUGCUCGUGACUGGCAAAUGAGACGCAAUGGGAAGCAGUGGCUGCUGGGAAAAACCUUUGACACCUUCUGCCCCCUGGGCCCUGCCUUGGUGACCAAGGACAGCAUAGCAGAUCCACACAACUUAAAGAUCUGCUGCCGAGUGAAUGGGGAGGUGGUCCAGAGCAGCAAUACCAACCAGAUGGUAUUUAAGACCGAAGAGCUGAUAGCCUGGGUCUCCCAGUUCGUUACUCUUUACCCAGGGGACGUCAUCCUGACUGGGACCCCCCCAGGUGUUGGUGUAUUCAGAAAACCUCCAGUCUUUCUCAAGAAGGGGGAUGAAGUUCAGUGUGAAAUUGAAGAACUAGGCAUAAUCAUCAACAAGGUGGUGUGAGGGCUCUCCCCACAGGCCCUGGACUUAAGAAGUGGGGCGUCCAUUCUCUCCCAGGGCCAGCUGCCUCUUCCAGGUAGAGUGAGAGGAGAAGCUUGCUUUCCUCAUCAAUAAAAUUCUCAGCCAAAGCAGCA